CGAGACAUCGAAUAUCGAUACGACGACGCAUAUGGCGGCGUCCAGCGUCCAGGAGAGAAAAGAGUCGUGGAAUGCGUUUGAUAAGUGCGGUGACGAUAUAUCAUUUUACAAUGACAGUGUUGGCAUAACAUUGGCGCGUCAAAGCCGACACGAAGGCGACGCCGGUGAUAUCCGUUUAUCGCGGCCGUUUAUCGCCCGCCGCACAUCCACCGGACCCACCGGGGUCUGCGAAAGCUGAAACCGGUGUCCGGACACGCGCUACACCGUGCACAUCGUCUCGACGAUGUACGUCGAGAACGAGACGUGGAAGACGCUGCUCCCGAUAUGCGUCAACGCGGUGAUGUCCGUGUGCGCGUACGGCCUGACCGUUCGCCUGAUCCCGAGGCUGAAGGACAUGUUCGUGAGAGCUAACCUCUACGGCAUCGACAUGGGCAAGAGGAGCAGCGGGAAAGUACCAGAGGCGAUAGGUGUUGUCACUGGAUGCGUGUUCCUCGUAACAAUGUUCCUAUUUAUUCCCGUGCCGUUUACAGAUUGUAUAUUUAGGAACGUGAGCUUUCCGCACGACAAGUUCGUCGAAUUUCUGGCCGCGUUACUGUCCAUAUGUUGCAUGCUACUCCUGGGCUUUGCCGACGACGUUCUGGAUCUUCGUUGGCGGCACAAAUUACUUCUGCCCACAAUAGCAUCUCUGCCGCUACUGAUGGUUUACUAUGUUAACUUUAACUCGACGAUAAUCAUCAUACCGAAGCCGUUGAGGUCGUGGCUCGGCUUCUCGCUGGACCUGUGGAUCUUCUACUAUGUAUAUAUGGGAAUGUUGGCGGUGUUUUGUACAAACGCUAUAAAUAUAUUGGCCGGGAUAAACGGUUUGGAGGUCGGGCAAAGUUUAAUCAUCGCCACGAGCGUCCUCGUCUUCAACGUUAUCGAGUUGUUUGGCAGUCAAUGGCAGGCGCAUCAGUUUUCAAUAUACUUUAUGCUGCCUUAUAUAGCAACCUCCCUCGCAUUAUUCAAAUUCAAUUGGUAUCCGUCGCAGGUCUUCGUGGGCGACACGUUUUGCUACCUGUCGGGAAUGACUUUCGCCGUCGUCGGUAUCAUAGGCCACUUCAGCAAGACGACCCUGCUGUUUUUCAUCCCGCAGAUAAUCAAUUUUCUAUACAGCGUGCCGCAGCUGUUUCAUCUUGUGCCGUGUCCUAGGCACAGAUUACCAAAGUAUAAUGAAAAGACAGACAAAUUGACGCCUAGCAACACGGUAUUUAACAAGUCGGAACUUAACGCACUUGAAUUGCAUUUUACCUUACUAGGAUGGCUAUUAAUGAGGAUAUUCAGAGCAUGUAAAUUGGUAAAGUGGGAAGAAGACACGGCAGGCGUUAUAACUUGCAAUAAUCUCACUUUGAUUAAUUUUGUAUUGAUUAAUACUGGCCCAUUGAGAGAACCAACACUCGCGUCAAUUUUGUUAAUAAUUCAGAUUAUCAGUAGUAUGAUGGCAUUUGUUAUACGAUAUCCUUUGGCUUCCAUAUUUUACGAUGUGUAAAUAAAUACAAUAUAGAAAUAUAUUACAAUUGAUAUAAAUUGUAUAGACAAAAA